AUGAUAUCCGCCAUUCUCUUCGCUGCCUGGACGGCCACAGCCGUCGGCGACCACCGCUGCGACACCGAGCCACUCGCCAUGCUCCAGAUGUGGGAGAAGACUGCGCAGACGCAAGCAGAGAACGAGCUGUGCCAGACCCUGGACUCGCGCUGCAACAAGAUUCUCGAUGCAGAUGCCUGCAUAGAGUAUGCGCGCCGCUGCCAGGUAAACGCCAGAGCCGAGCUGGAUCAGAUGGCGGAGGACUGGAUCCAAAACGAGCCGGCGUCACAAGGGGAGUCCCACCUCCCUCUCCAGGAAUCUUGA